AUGUUGCGCUCUCUGCGGUACGUGUGGCUCAGUCGCUCCGGGGUAAAGAAUCCCAACGUAUCGUUCCUGAGGCUUAAGAUGCCCUCACUCCAAUUGACGUACCAUUUCUCGUCGUCUAGCAAAACGGAAGAGUUGAAACACGCCGCCAACCAGCAGCGACUGGGCGACGUCGUAUGGAAACCCGAGCAGGAAUUUCCUGGCCGUUCUGUAAUCAACCAUCAUGCCAUGACGUUGUCAAGAGAAGCUCAGGUCCUGCGUCGCAUCGCACGUGUAUCCAUACAGAGCAUCGUGCAGCCUGCUAGACUGGUGCUAUUGGGCAUAUGUUCUAGUGGCGUCUUUGGCUUCUCAGGGUACGAGGCUUUUCUACUGCUGGACCCCAUGCAGCCCAUGACGCUCGACUCUCUGCUCUUUGUGUACAAAUAUGCAACCCACAACUUUCUUGCCAGUUGCAUCUGGGAGACUCGAGCACCAGAGCUAGUGGCACAAUCACUUGGUCUAGACCCGAUGCAGCUCUUGAAGGUCUUUGACCCGGCAACGUCAAGUGCCGAUGCAGCAUUGCAGCUAAAAGUCAUGAAUGUGUUUACUGCACGAGCCAUGCUGGCGGGCUUUAUGGUGGUGACACAACUACUGAACAUUGUCAGAGCAAGCGGUAAAGCGGCAUUGGGGUACUCGGAGAAUGUGUACAGUGGACUGGAACCACCAUUACAGGGUAUCACCGAACGCAUUAUUCGUCUUGCUGGAAAAGGUAGCGAUGUGACGGAAGUGUCGAUGACACGAUAUGGAGCACAUAUCCUGCCUGUGCUUGAGGAACCGAAGAAGCAUCGUCACUUGGUGGCAUUGUGGUCGCUGAAUGGACGAGUGCCAUGCGUGUGGUGUGUACCCAAGGACCAAUACGGCUUCCGGCAUUCGUGGACAGGCCUGGAUGUGGACGAAUCAUUUUUGUUGCGUACAACCACGGGCAAGUAUAUCCUGUGUAUCGAGGCAGAUGCUACACUAAAGGAUCGAGCAUUCGAGCUGCGUGUGAUGCCCAAGGCACCUUCGCCGAGAGACGAAGAGCUCUCGGUCGAAGAUGCAUCUCAAGCCUACCGCCUUGUAGAGCGGCAAGCAGCGCUGGCGCUUAAGCGACCAUUUCGAAGUCUCUGUGUGCUGCUGGGCGAUUCUCGCCAGCCGUGUGAUCUUGGUGGAGAAUCAUUCGUCACGUUGCGUGAUCGAACGCGACUCAAGCAGGAAGUCAAUGUUCUCAUCGACUCGAAAGCACCCCUGCUGCUAGAAGUGCUGAAAUGGUGCGGACGCUUUGUGGACGGCCGAAAGACGCUGGUACUGGAUGUGACGCCGCACAACUUCUUGCCGUUAAAACUGUUCCUCGAACAUCAUGGAUAUGCUGUCCUUACCCCGGCAGAGGCUGUGGAGUUUGAAGAGCGUGAGCGAGCCGAGAUUGCUGCUGAAGCGAAAGCAAAGGCUGAAGCAGAGGAAUUGGAUCGGAAACAGCGCGAACAAGAACGAGGGAAACGCGAUUCGAAUCUCGAUAUCACGCAAACGACAAGCGGAGAUUCGCGCAAGACAGAAAAGAAUAGCAGUGCUAGUACUGUGUCGGGCAACACUACUACACAGCCGCAGGAAGCGGAUAAGCCUGCGAUGCAGAGCAAGGACAAAGAGUCAAAAAAUGGUGAGGGAGCUACAACAAGAAGGAACAACAAACCCGAAAAACUUCCUCGGCUGCUGUAUUACCCAACGACAGCCGCUACCAUCAAUGCAGUGCAUGCUACAUUGACUUCUGGAGACGGUGUAUCGGACCCAAGACGAUGUUGCGUGCUGAUCAAUCAGCCAUUCGGCCUUGAGCACCUAAAUGAGCUUGCGGAAAACGCGGGCGAAAAUUUCCAUCCAGUGUGCGCAGCUGAGAUUUACGACGAUUAUUUCCGGCAGGUGCGGAUCUGGACGCGUAUGGGCCAUUCCGCUGCUGUCAUUCAACACGAGCUUGACCAGCGUUUUGAACCAGUCCACGUCGUCCUGGAUGCGGUUGGAGCAGGCUGUUGA